CGGUUGGUUCCCUGAGAGAUAAAUUGUGAGGUCUUAUUGGAGGAGUCGGGUACGAAUCUGUCCUUUCGCGUUUCCUGUUGGGGACAGUUAACAAGUCUCUGAGCUCUACGACGACGACCAGAACCAAACCAGAACCGAACAGAACCGUUAAAUAACCGACAGAAGAGAGAAAAGGAGGAUUUAUUGAACAUGUCUGCUAACAAAGAGACAGACGGCGGCUGGAGGACGUUCGUGUGGAACUCAGAGAAGAAGGAGUUCCUGGGACGGACAGGGAGCAGCUGGCUUAAAAUCUUCCUGUUCUACGUGAUAUUCUACGGAUGCUUGGCCGGGAUUUUCAUCGGGACCAUCCAGGCGCUGCUGCUCACGUUGAGCAACUACACACCCACCUAUCAGGACAGAGUUGCCCCCCCAGGUCUGUCUCACACCCCCCGCUCAGAGAAAUCUGAAAUAGCUUUCUCUUUGUCCGACAUGACGACGUUCAAGAAGUACACGGACUCCAUGGACGUUUUCCUAAAGCAGUAUAACAAGGAAUUUCAGACUGACGCGCUGAAAUUUGAAGACUGUGGAGAUACUCCUCAGGCCUUCAAGGACCGCCACAGCUUGGACACCGACAAAAGUAUGAGGAAAGCGUGCCGUUUCAGCAGGUCUCUGCUCUCCGUCUGCUCCGGGGAGAGCGACCCCUACUACGGCUUCAAGGACGGAAAGCCGUGCCUCAUCGUCAAGCUCAACAGGAUCGUCAACUACAUACCACAAAUUCCUGUUAACAACUCGAAGUCCCUGGCGGUCCCGGUGGCCGUGCAGCCCAACCUGAUCCCCAUCCACUGCAAGAACAAGAGAGCAGAGGAUGCAGAAAAGAUCGGCGAGAUCAAGUACUUCGGUAUUGCGGAGGGCUUCCCGCUGCAGUACUACCCGUACUACGGUAAGCUGGUGCACCCCCAGUACCUGCAGCCGCUGGUGGCCAUCAAGUUCACCAACCUCACCAUUGGCGAGGAGCUCCGCAUCGAGUGCAGGGUUUACGGCGCCAACAUCGACUACAGCGAGAAAGACCGCUAUCAAGGACGCUUUGACGUUAAGUUCACAAUCACCUCGUGACCUCAGCCGUGACGAGCGCCUCUCAUUUUGACACCCGAUCAAAUGUAGAGAGAAUAAAAAGAAAAGAGUUCAGAUAAAAAAACACCACUAGUCUUUGAACAUUCAUAAUAUACAGGACCUACACUUAAUCUGUGUGCUUUACACUAGCUUUUCUGUGUGUUUGUCGAGGGUUAGAAUGUAAAAAUACAAGAGUAGCAAUAGCAGAUAUUUAUUCUACUGUACAUGAAAAUAUUCCUUGAGCCGUGGGAUGUGUUCAUCUAUUACUGUAAAUUCCACUACUGACGUGUAGCGAGCUGUGUGUCAUCCUGAGUGUCCAGUGCUGUCGUCCAGUCCUGUUGUGAUCUCUUCUGUCUUAUGUCAGCUUUAGUGGUCCAAGGUGUGUGUGUGUGUGUGUGCAGCUGUUACUCCGUGUGUGUGUGUGUUAAUGUGCUCUGACUAACUGAAAUACUAGCAUGGUACUCUGAACCUUUAAGGCCCAUGUGAGAGUCGCUCCGUGUUUCUUUGUCCACGCUGUGGAGGGAAACGUCCGUUCACCUUCUCUGUUGUUCACCGUAGCUGUAGGUUACCGCCGGUUACCGCCGGUUACCGCCAGUUACC